AUGCCGCGACGCUCCGAGGAACUUCAGCAGGUGAUUAAGGAGGUGACGUCACAGUUGGGGGAAGACGAAGAGGGGGGAGAUCGUGUUGCGCGAAGUGCGGAUAGCGACGAGGAGGCCCGCGGAGGGGGCCAGGAGGAGGGGAGUGACGGGCGAAGCGCGGAAGCAAACGAGGAGAUGAAUGCGGUGACGAAUGCGGAGAGGGACGAGGAAGAGACGCCUCCACGAGCGCGAGAAAACGCGGCGGAGGAAGGGGAGGGCGGAGGAGAAUCUGCGGAGGGCGCGGAACGCGCGGAAGGCGGAGAGUUGGCGGGCGACGCGGAGGAGAAGCGAGAGAAAACCGCCGCUGCUGCUACGGAGGAGGAGGAGGAAGAGAAGGCUGGGGUCGGGGAAGAGAAGCGCGGAAAUGUGGUUCCCCCUGCGGACGACGACGAAGUGGCGGAGCGGAAGGCGGAAAAGGCGGACGCGGCGGAAGAUGAUGCCGGCGAGGGGGAGAGUGCACGGGGGGCGGAGGGAGACGGGGAGGGUGAGAUAGCGGAUGAGACGAAAAGGCAGAGGAAGUCAAAGGAUGAUGAUAGCGAGGAGGGAGAGGGAGAGGGAGUGGGGGAUGGUGAAGGGGACGGCGAGGGGCGGCGCGUGAAGAAAGGGAGUCACGAAAUUCCGGAGGCAGACGAUGGCCCGCGCGCGGAAAAGGAGGAGGAUGACGUGGAAGGAGCGGAUGAUGACGUGUCGAAGCGGACGCGCGGAAGGGGAAAGGAGCGGGGGAUUACGGGGGGUGAUGACGAGGGGGAGGAGGAGGAGAAGGAGGGGAAAAUGCGAAAGCGUGAGAUAGAUGAUGAGAAUCAGGUGCAGCGAGAGGAACGGGCAGAAGCAGCGGAGCUGGAUGGAAAGUCCGAUGCUGCUGCUGACGCUGCCAACACAGCCGAUGCAGGCGGGGCAGGUGGGGAAGAAGCGGCAGGAGGAGCAGGAGGAGGAGCAGGAGCAGCAGGGAUGGAGGAGGAGACGGAGGGAGCAGCAGUGACGCCGGGGCAAGACGAGAGGAUUCCCGGUUCAGGUGCUACUGACCGCACCAGCACCGCUACUGGGGCUGGUACAGAUGGAGGUUCGGAGAGAGGCUCGGAGGGAGGCUCGGAGCCGAUUACCGGGGCAGGGGUGGGCGGUGACGUGUUUGGGCGGCCGGGGGAAGGCGGCACCGGCGCGGGGGAGGGGAGCAUGGGCACGGGGGAAGGGGGGGGCAUGGGUGCGCCAGAGGGGGGGAACAUAGUUGUGCGCGAGGGGGGGGGCAUGGGUGGAGUGGUGAGUGAGGAGGAGAUGGAGAUUUUGAAGCACCUACAGGAGGACGUGGCAGUGAGAAUGAGUGAGGAGGAGCAGAUGGAGCUGGAGGCAGGGGCUGUGGCGGAUGCUGAUGCUCACUCGUCGUACAUGCAGGAGGUCAUGGGGCUUCGGCGCAACUUCAGACCGACUCUCAUGGGCAUGAAGGAUAAGGCAAGCAAGCAUGUGCUGCCACACAUCUCUCAGAUCGCCCGCACAUCCCGCCUCGCCUUCCUCAAGACCAGCUCCCACCUCACCUCCCAGAUCACCCCCUACUUCGGCUCCUCCUCCCCGCUCCUCGCCACGCUCCUCUCCUACCUCCUCCUCCUGCUCCCCCUCGCGCUCGUGGUCGGUCUCUUCAUUCGCAUGCGUGCGGCUCUCUCCCUCCGUCGCAUCGUGCAUCUCGCGAACCUCUACCUGUUCCUGUACUGCUUUGUACUCCUUGUGGCGUGCUUCGUUAUUAGCGCGGAGCCGAUGGCGAGCCUCAAGAAGGUCGCGGAGCAUAACUACUUUGUGCUGCAGCUGCUGCAGGGCGCGGGCUACCUGUGUUACCUCGCCCUCCAGGGCGCCUCUCUCUGUGUGACGAUCCGCUCGUCGGAGAGAGGGCAGGGCAAGUUCAUUCGCCUGCGCGCCGUGCUGCAGCUGCUGGUGGCGCUGGGGGUGGGGCUGCACUCCUACAUCACAGUCUUUGAACGCGCCAUGCUCGACCUGCCGCCCAAUGCCUCGGCCGGCGCAUAUGCGGCUUAUGCGGCAUGCUUCUUCUUCCUUGUGCUUAUAUCGAGGGGCCCCAAGCGGCACGAGGAUAAGGACAAGUAG